AUGCCGUUCGCACAGCUUGUAAUCGGACCGCCUGGCUCCGGGAAGUCAACCUACUGCAAUGGAAUGCAACAGUUCCUCAACGCGAUUGGGCGCAAAUCAUCUGUGGUAAACCUCGACCCGGCAAACGAUGCGACAUCCUACCCAUGCGCCCUAGAUGUGCGAAACCUGGUCACUGUGGAGGAAAUCAUGUCGAACGAUGAGUUGGGUCCCAACGGCGCAGUACUAUAUGCACUUGAGGAGCUUGAAGAGAACAUGGAGUGGCUUGAAGAUGGUCUCAAGAAACUAGGUGAAGACGAAUAUAUUCUUUUCGACUGCCCCGGACAGGUCGAGCUGUUUACACACCACAACUCGCUCAGGAAGAUGUUUUUGAAGAUACAGAAGAUGGGGUUCAGACUGGUCGUGAUCCAUCUUAUUGACUCCUACGUCCUGACCUUGCCCUCCUUGUAUAUUUCAGCUCUCCUUCUGUCGCUAAGGUCGAUGCUGCAAAUGGAUCUGCCUCAGGUCAACGUUUUGACGAAAAUCGACAAUCUCUCCAAUUACCCCGAAUUGCCGUUCAACUUGGAUUUUUACACCGAAGUGCAAGACCUCAAUUAUCUCCUCCCAAGUCUCAGCUCCGAAUCACCAAUAUUCGCGCCGGAUGGCAAGUUUGCUGGCCUGAACCGAGCAAUUGUGGACUUGGUGGAAGAGUUCGGGCUGGUAGGAUUCGAGACGCUAGCCGUCGAAGACAAGAAAAGCAUGAUGUCCCUUCUGCAGACGAUAGAUCGAGCAAGCGGAUAUGCAUUUGGAGGACCAGCAGGCGCCAACGACACUGUUUGGCAAGUUGCCGUCCGUGAAGGCCUAGGAAAGUUGGAUGUCAGAGAUGUGCAAGAAAGGUGGUUGGAUGCAAAGGAUGAGUAUGACGAGAUGGAGAGGAAACAUUGGGAUGAGGAGGCAAAGAUAAGGGAAGAGAAGUCAAUGAAUGGUGAGGAUGACGAUUUCGAGGAUGUAAACAUACCAACAAACAGUGGCGUCAAGAUCGUCCGUGGUAGCAGGAAGCCAUAA